ACCGGGCCACCAGGCGGUGUCGAAAACAACGUUGCCGGUCUUCCCGAAAGCGGGCCGCCAAGCCGACCGUUCAAGCCCGGCACCUCGGCCAGAGGGACUCCGACAUUUGCGGAGCCGGCCUUCUGCUUUUCGGACUCUUGCUUUGCGAAGAUGAAGGCCGGAUGCCUGCGGGAUUGCUUCACUUUGAGGCGACGACAGCGGACCAAUAAUGGAAGCGGUGAACCGACGAGAAAAGCCAGUCCCUGCCGGCUUGUCUCAUCGGCCGUUUGCGCUUGCCCACAAUACUCCAUCAGCCCCCCUCACACGCACUCCACAACCGAGCCAACCGAGCCAUCACGGAAGGGAAAAAAAAAAGUCAGCCAGCCAUCCAGUCUCUUUGCGGUCCAGUCUCCUUGCGGUGUGGCCCGAGACACCAACCACUUGUCCACUUCCGGAGCAAAUAUCGUCAGAGCCUUCUCUCCUCCAGCGGAUGUGUGAUUGGAAGGGAGAAGAAUAUUCCCCUUGUUGCUCCAUUCCCUCGGUUUUCCCACACCUGCUGCCGGGCAAACCCAGGAAAGGGCUUGCACAAACACGCUGCUUCUCCAUCACAUCUACGCAAGGGAGAACCCAAAAAAAAAAAAAGAGAGAGAGGAAAAAAAAAAACUCAACGAAACAGCUUGUUCAAAGACGAAUUCCAGGUUGUGGGUCCCCGAAGUCUCGAGGCUCAGGCGCUUCCAGAACACCUGCCGAAGACCCUGGCCUGCAGCUGCAGAGCAGUGAACGGAAAGAGCGAGAGAGAUCCCAUCAGUGUGGCACCAUGUGUGGAAACCUUGAAUCUUUUCCCCAAUUCUGUGUGGGAUGAACCAAUGGGCUUGACUCAGAAUGGGAUGAGCGACGCAUAUCAGAUCCAUGCUCAAGGGUACCCCAGACAGAAAUCACGAAAAAUGCAACCUCUCUCCUCUCUUCGCGAUCCCGAUUCGGUCCCGUCAUUUCGACAAAUUCCAGAAAAGCAACUGCUCAAAGCAGUCGCAUUUGUGAGUUACUG